AACAGCGACAAGAUUGACAUUUUGGGCUGGAUAAUUCAUUGUUGGGGAUGGGAAGGCUGUCCUGUGUUUUGUCCUGAGCGCCAAUCACUGGAUGCUGGUAGCACAUCCCUCCGUACCCCAGUAGUGACGAUCAAAAAUGUAUCCCGAUCUUGCCGAAUGCCCCCUAGGGGACUAAAUCGCCCCUGUUGAGAACCACUGGGCUAGAGGAAGCCCAACCUGCUUCGGAUUCUGGAGGGUCCGAGAACCACCUUGCCGGGUUCUGCUCUCUGCGGCUCUGAGUACACUAAAUAUUCAGGCGGCAGAACUUCGGAACGGGAGACUUCUGCCGAUGAGCCGCGGGUUUGACUGGGAGGCGGGUGACUUUAUGUAGAUGAGGGGGCGGUGUCUGCAUGUUGAUUAGCUGGGCCCGCUGCGGACACUGCUGGGAGCCUAGCGGUCCCGCUGCGGUUCGGGCUGAGGUGGCAAUUUUCUUCCGCCCCUUCUCGUUCCUAGGUCCCUACCCUCCUAGAAUCGCCCUCCACCUUUACCUUCAUCCAUUUCCCCUUCCUCCCGGCGCCAGUGCCCCCGUAUCCGAAUAUCUCCACUCGUGGUUCCCCCUGCGUUUUUCCCUCCCACCUCAAACCUCGCGACCUCCAGCAUCCCGCCCCCGCGGGCCCAAUCCUGCCUGGCGACUCUCGCCGCAGCAUCCUCAGCCUUCCCAGGACUCGCGCCCCUACACCCCCGGUUGUUCGCCCUUGGGCUUCUUCGUUCUCUCCCCCCUCCCGCCCCCUGGGAGCCCCCUCCCCCGCCCUGGCCAGCCAGCAUGCAGGUGUCCAUAGCAUGUACGGAGCAGAACCUUCGCAGCCGGAGCAGUGAGGACCGUCUGUGUGGACCCCGGCCUGGCCCUGGGGGCGGCAAUGGCGGGCCGGUCUGCGGGGGGCAUGGGAAUCCUCAGGGGGGAGGAGGGUCGGGCCCCAAGGCCCGGGCCGCAGUGGUCCCCCGUCCCCCAGCGCCUGCUGGGGCCUUCCGAGAGAGCACCGGCCGAGGCACUGGCAUGAAAUACAGGAACCUAGGAAAGUCUGGUCUUCGAGUAUCCUGUCUUGGCCUAGGUACCUGGGUCACAUUUGGUUCUCAGAUCUCAGAUGAGACAGCAGAGGAUGUGUUGACAGUAGCCUAUGAGCAUGGUAUAAACCUGUUUGACACCGCUGAAGUGUACGCAGCUGGAAAGGCUGAAAGAACCCUAGGCAACAUCCUCAAGAGCAAAGGCUGGAGGAGAUCAAGCUAUGUCAUCACCACCAAGAUUUUUUGGGGAGGACAGGCAGAAACUGAGCGAGGCUUGAGCCGCAAACACAUCAUUGAGGGCUUGCGAGGAUCUCUGGACCGCCUCCAGCUAGGAUAUGUGGACAUCGUCUUUGCUAAUCGCUCAGACCCCAACAGUCCCAUGGAGGAGAUUGUGCGAGCCAUGACCUAUGUCAUCAACCAGGGCCUGGCCCUAUACUGGGGAACGUCCCGAUGGGGGGCUGCAGAAAUCAUGGAGGCCUACUCCAUGGCCAGACAGUUCAAUCUGAUUCCUCCACUGUGUGAACAAGCAGAGCACCACCUGUUCCAGAGAGAGAAGGUGGAGAUGCAGCUGCCAGAGCUCUACCACAAGAUUGGUGUUGGCUCAGUCACUUGGUCCCCUCUGGCCUGUGGCCUCAUCACUAGCAAGUAUGAUGGGCGAGUCCCAGAUACCUGCAGAACCACCAUCAAGGGCUACCAGUGGCUCAAGGACAAAGUGCAGAGUGAGGAUGGCAAGAAGCAACAAGCCAAAGUCAUGGAUCUUCUCCCCAUCGCUCACCAGCUGGGCUGCACUGUGGCACAGCUUGCUAUUGCGUGGUGUCUCCGCAGUGAGGGUGUCAGCUCCGUGUUGCUGGGGGUGUCGAGUGCAGAGCAGCUGAUAGAACAUCUGGGCGCCCUACAGGUGCUGAGCCAGCUGACCCCGCAGACGGUGCUGGAGAUAGAUGGGCUCCUGGGGAGCAAACCGCAUUCCAAGAAAUAGUCCGUCGAGGGCACGGGGACCGAACCCGGAGCCGCUGCACCCCGCCCACCCAGAACUGCUUCGGAGCGGCCGCCUCGCUCACACCGGAUCCCUCCACGCAGCGGCCGGAGCCAGAGCGGCCCCGCCCUCGAACGAGUUCCGGCUUCGAGUAGCGAUAGCAUGAACAAAGCCAUAUCCUUCCGCAGUGGGGCUGGAGAGGGAAAGUAACCCGCCGCCCCGUGCUGCGUUCUCCUAGGCCUUCUUGCUAACCCCAGGCAUGAGCUGCUGGGCCGUCCCCUCUGUGCCAUUUGGUUUCGCUCCUUUCUCUCUUACCCCAAUCGCCGAGGCCCAUUAAAAGAAAAAAAAAUCAACACAGCAGAUAUAAGAAACAUGCAGAGUACCUCAAAAGUGGACCUUGGAAUAUCAUAAAGUGAUAAUAACCUAAUAAGUGAGUUCUGAUAUCUGGGACAGAGAAAAAGGAGGCUCUUACGUUAUUCAGUACAAAGGAAGCCAGGCUGGUCCUGGCAGUAAGUAAAUGAUAAUCUUGGGGAAAACAGGACUCUGCCUUCCAGCCAGGAGAUGGAAGAAGCUUAACACUUGAAUGAAUGUUAAUUCUUAGCUUCUGCCGAGACAGGGGUAGGGGUGGGGAAUGCAGUAACACAGCACUGACAAAGGUAGAGGGAAAUUUGAUAGCAGAUGUAUAACUUGAACAGUGUGGCCCUUGGAAAACACAGUUGGACUGUGUUUUGCCGGAAAUACUGAUAGCCUUUAGGUCACAGCAGAGAUAAGGGGCUGACACAUAAAGUCUGGGGAUAGACUUUUGAGCCUUGAGCAGGACCUUCUACCUGCCAGUGAAGGACUGCAGUUUUCCUCUUGGCAAUAAUCUUAAAGCAAUAAUGAUGGCCCCUCUUCUGUAAGACUUCCCAGAGAAUUAUAAAUAAAAUCUCAGCUUGAUCCUCACUCAUCAUGUCUGGAACUGCAGAGGGUUGGGAGGUGAGGGUCUCGGUCUCAGAUAUCUGGCUCUCUAGCCCCCGUCAUUAGAAAGCUCCAGUACUAGCUUUCUCUCCAUUGCUCAUUUACUUCAAUGACCCAAGCAUCGUAUACCCCAGGCCCCAGUUUUCUUCCUUCCUUCAGUUACCACAUUCCUUAGAACCCAGAGAAAUCUGACUUCUUUUCCUCUCUCUGACACCUUGCCGUUGUUUUGAAAGUUCUAUUAGCCACAC